AUGGACAAGAUAUUCGUACAAGCAUCCUCGAAAAAUGAGGUCAAAGAUUUCGACCAUUUGUUAAGACUAUUAAACGAGAUUGUCGACGCCGCUCCUGAGUUCUGUGUUGUACCGGGACGCGAAGGAGAACCUAUCGGUGUUCCAAUGUAUGUGCUUUUCGACUUGCUCAGCAACACUGGUGCUGCGUAUGAUUUAUUCCGCAUGACCGCUUUCAAUGCCGCCUUGAAAAAUCUUCUCAAGCAUGGGGUGCCUAUCUCAAGUCCGAUGGUUCAAAUAAUACCCUCACGGCCGAGCCUAAUGGUUGGUUUGGGGAGCUUGGCCUCCGAUCACUUGAACAAGACCGCGGCGACUUUGAUGCAAACUAUAUUACCCCUGAUCCUACUGCUGUCAACCGCGGAUACAAGUCCUGGGACGAAUUCUUCACUCGGAAAUUUCGGGACGGCGUUCGCCCUAUUGAGGAAUCGCCGUAUCCCAACAAGAUUGUCAUCCACAAUGCCUGCGAGUCCACUCCUUAUUACGUACCAUCGUCAUCAGACAGUGUUAAGGCGCAUGAUCAGUUCAGGCCAACCUUACUCGCUCUGGGACAUGUUUGACAUUGGACCCGAUCGCGAGUACUACGUUAAAAAAUUCGAAGGCGGCAAAGUAUAUCAAGCAUUCCUCUCACCUCAAGACUACCACCGCUGGCAUAGCCCUAUCCAUGGCACGAUUGUGAAAACAUUUAUUCUCCCCGGCACAUACUACGCCGCCCUUCCAGACGAGGGUGUAAAGAAAGACAACGGUGAACGGAGUUAUGCUGGAGCCUUGAUCCGUUCGCAGGCCUGGCUCACUACGCACGCUACACGCGCAAUCAUCUUCAUCGAAGCCGACGACACAGAUAUUGGUCUCGUGUGCUUCAUUGGCGUGGGCAUGGCAGAGGUGUCUACGUGUGAUGUAACCGUCAAGGAACAACAGAAAGUUAAACCCGGCGACGAGCUCGGGAUGUUCCAUUUCGGCGGCUCAUCCCACACCUUGAUCUUCGGCCCCAACGUCAACAUAAAGUUUUUUGCCAGCGUGAAUAAACACGCUUGGAUAAAUUCCCCCAUUGCUAUAGUCACCAAGAAACCUAAUGCUGACAAUUAG